CUGCCCCUUUCCUCCUCCCCUUUGCUGUAGAACAAGCUCCCAGGAUGAGACACACAAAAUCAUGGCUCUCGCAGCUCCCUAAUCGUCACGGGCAAGCUUAGAAGUCUAGCAGCACUAGAAAGCCAGAAAGCAGAGGCCGGCCACCUGCUGUACCUGCCUUGUGUCUUGGGAAUUUGUCUGCCAUGGAAGCUCAGCGGAUUCGGCCAGGAUGACCAUCAGCUCCAAAGUGUUGCUCUUCCGCAGUGCUGCAAGAUCAGGGAUCUGACCAGAGUAACCAGAACACCGAGGAGCUCCCUGAAGCAUCUUUCUGGGUUCCGCAUCCUUGCCCCUUUUCAGUUGCUUGGUGGAUUAUGGUAACAGGACAAUGUUGGCCAGGAAGAGCAUCAUCCCGGAAGAAUAUGUCCUUGCGCGGAUCGCCGCCGAGAACCUGGGCAAGCCGCGUAUUCGGGACCGCCCACGCAAAGCCCGCUUCAUUGCCAAGAAUGGGGCGUGCAACCUGGCCCAUAAGAACAUCCGUGAGCAAGGGCGCUUCCUGCAAGACAUCUUCACCACCUUGGUGGACCUGAAGUGGCGCCACACGCUGGUGAUUUUCACCACGUCCUUUCUGUGCAGCUGGCUGUUCUUUGCCAUGAUGUGGUGGCUGGUGGCCUUUGCUCAUGGGGACAUGGACAAACCAUGCACGAUGAACGAAGAUCUCAACCGGACCAUACCGUGCGUCACUUGCAUCAGGUCCUUCACCUCUGCUUUCCUCUUCUCUAUUGAGGUCCAGGUGACCAUUGGUUUUGGAGGCAGGAUGAUGACUGAACAAUGUCCCAUAGCUAUCACUGUCUUGAUUCUCCAGAACAUUGUGGGCUUGAUCAUCAAUGCUGUCAUGCUCGGGUGCAUCUUCAUGAAAACGGCCCAGGCGCAUCGGAGAGCAGAGACUUUGAUCUUCAGCCGCAACGCUGUCAUUGCUGUUCGUAAUGGCAGACUCUGCUUCAUGUUCCGCGUGGGAGACUUGCGGAAAAGCAUGAUCAUCAGUGCCUCGGUGCGAAUCCAGGUUGUAAGGAAAACCACGACCCCUGAAGGAGAAGUCAUCCCGAUCCACCAGCUUGAUGUUCCUGUUGACAAUCCACUUGAAAGCAACAAUAUUUUCCUAGUGGCACCCUUGAUUAUUAGCCAUGUCAUUGACAAGCGGAGUCCCCUGUAUGAUAUCUCUGCCAAUGACUUGGCCACCCAAGACCUAGAGAUUAUCGUGAUACUGGAAGGUGUGGUGGAAACCACGGGAAUCACCACCCAAGCAAGAACGUCCUACAUAUCUGAAGAGAUCCUUUGGGGCCAUCGCUUCGUGCCCAUUGUGACAGAAGAGGACGGGACCUAUGCCGUUGACUAUUCCAAGUUCGGCAAUACUAGCAAAGUGGCGGCCCCUCGCUGCAGUGCCAAAGAGUUGGAUGAGAAGCCCUCCAUCCUCAUCCAAACACUCCAGAAAAGUGAGCUGUCCCAUCAGAAUUCUUUGAGGAAACGGAAUUCCAUGCGAAGGAAUAACUCCAUACGGAGGAAUAAUUCCAUAAGAAGGAAUAACUCAUCCUUCAUUGUGCCCAAAGUCCAGUUCGUAACGCCUGAAGGGAACCAGAACAUGUUGGAUACAUGACAGAUCAGGAACCACCCCAUAUCACUUUUUGUAGAAAUAGAGGGGUUUUAUUUGUGUUAAUAAAACAGUAAUAUGGUAUUAACAUUUAAUGGAACUUGGGGCUAUUUAUUACAUGCAAGCAGAAGGGCAAUUCACAUGGGAAGGGACCCUGUAACUUGAGCCUACAUGUCCCUGUGAUAGUCUGCUAGAGUUGGGACUAUUUCAGACCACAGGUGGCAUCUCACAUGUUUGCAGAUGCCUCCACAUGGACACAUUUCUUUCCGGUAGAACAUUAGUGCGCUGAGAGAAUACAUGGCCAGAACCAGGGUGGGCAUUUUUGGAUGUCCAAAAAAAUGAAAAUACAUUAUGCAAAGAAACGGGAUACAGACGUCCAUGAUAUGUCCACAUGCAGCUUUAGAUGUAUAAAGCCAAACUGGGAAAGAAUUACUAUAAAUUAAAAAGACAAGCAAUACCUCUCACCUUAGUGGAGAGGAAUAUAACCAGGUGACGGGCAUCAUUCUGCUGUCCAGGCUGAUGGGCAACUUUGUGGUGGCCCCAAAGGGUGGCCCCUUCUUAAGGUUGGUAUCUUUCAGCCAGACAGCCAUUCAAACAGAGGACUGCCCUGCAUAAAGUAGGUGAUUUGACGACCCUGGCCUGAACUUGGCUUUAUCAUAUUUCAUUCCUAUGUGGCAAGAUUCCUUUAGUGUAAAUGUAGGAAAUUCAAACAAUCUGAAGAGCUACAAGCUAGACCAGCACUUACCAGCCCUGUGCCCUCCAAAUGCAUUGGAUUACAACUCCCAUCUCUCCAAGGCUCCUAUACUCUCGCUAAAAAUUCCCUCCAUGUAAAAACUAAGACUCUUAAAGCAAAAGUUCUGGCUAGGGUAGCCAGGUGACAUACAGUACCCAGAGUAGCCUUCUCUUUGAAGGGUUAGGAUACUGCGGCCUUUCAAACUUGAGAAACACGUCCAAGAGAACUAGACCUAAGUAUCAUAUUCAGGUAGGGUGGCUUUCUACUUUAUAAUUAGCACCUAUAGCCAGAGACAUCGAAUUCAGUUAAUGUGACAGCUGCAUCCCCUCCUAGAUGCAAAGAUAAUCUUGCCACCCCUUGUCCUAACUGUGUAGACCCAGGGUAGCCAAACAACUUAGAGCCAAAGUAUUUGAAGGGCAGCUGCCUUCUUCUGUGUGGAAACCUCACCAGAGUUCAUGCUCUGAUUGCAAAGGGAGCAAAGCAAGAGCAGGUCUUUUCCUUAGAGGUGUCCAAGUCAUAAAAUGUUCUUCCCCUCAAGCUCAAUGAGUCCUUCCCCUCAUUGCUUGGUAGCUGAGCAUUUUUUCACCCUUUUCUCUUUUGGUGCCAAGUCAAAUUUGUUUUGUUUACAUGAGUAUUUGGCAGAAUGUCAUUUGGAAUUGCUUUCAUACUAUCUCUGGUGAAUUCUAUUGCAGCUUGAUCUAUUUUAUCUUAUUGCUAAUUUUAGUUGUGUGCUUUUAAAUGUCGUUUAUUUUCUUGCGGAAUGGUAUUUUUUUAAAGCCUCCUUGAAAAUUGUAUUGUCAGAUGGGAAGGAACGGAGAAAUAUUUUAACUGAGUAAGAACACGUAAAGGCAUAAACUACCCCCUUGGUGAAUGGUAACUACAAAUAUGCAUACCAUAUAGCAUGUAACAAUUGCGUUUAGAAACAGAUGACUGUGACAUACAUGCCCUAGUCAGGCGCUUGUUACCCGGAGCUACUGAAUCUGUGAAGGGGCCUAUUGGUGCUACCCUGGGCAAUGACACACGUUCUAGAAAUGUUCCCCACCUGAUGCAUGAGUGGACUGUCUAGGAUCUGUCAAGAACUCCCACCCCAUAAGGUAGGGCAGGCAAUAUGUGACCCCUUUUGCAGCUUUCACUUACUGCUGCCAAAUUUACUGUGAUGGCAAGCAAAAGGAGCCAUGAUGUUUCUCCAAAACAAGGUACAUGGGCUCGGGCAUGGUUUGCCUGGAAGCAAAAUUGCAGGGGUGUUUUGGCCACCGUGUUGCCCAAUUUCAGUGCCAAAUCUGGCAAUGCAGCCCCUGGGGCUAGGAUCAUGGCCCUCAUGGUUGCAAAGCAACACCCACAACCUCCCAAGGUUGUCCAGCCCCAUGGAGAAGGAGCCUGAAGGUACAGAGGCGGUUCCCUUCAGACUGAGCCAAUCACGUGCGAGCAGUGGAACACAGCCAGCCAGCACGUCAUUGGCAGGGAGGCUCCUGUUGGCAUCUUCCCAUUGGCUCCUUCCCACAUUCACUCAUGAGUGCCCGAAGAAGCUCCAAUUUCAUGCUUUGAUAAAUUUCCCCAUGCCUCUGCAGAGAUCAGAAAUUUGCAGUAAGAAAAGAGAGGUGAAAUUUGUUUUGCUGGGCAAGAAAAUGCCAGAGUGAGCUAAAUCUGCUUCCCACCACAUGGAUGCUUGCAGUAUGAAGUGAGUUCACCACCAGAUUCUGCACAGUUACACCCAUCCAAAUCUUCUUAUUUUUAAUGCUCCUCGGAGAGCUAUAUUAAGAUUCUCAGCAUUUCCUUUGUAGGGCUACCACUUCUCCUGCUUCACAAAGAUGACCUCUUUCAAUAAAGAUAUUUCCCC